AUGGAGGAUAAAAAGGGGUUCGUGAACAGGGCGUUCACCAGUCUUUUUGGCCCAACUUCUCCUCCCACAAAUGAACCAACAAUUGAUUACGGAAAAAAUUACACAAACUCGGAUUAUGAAAGCACAGUAAAUUCAACUAGACCAUCCAAGCCCUACAGAGAUCUAUUUGAAGCAAGAGGUUGGUUAGAUGAAGAUGUGAAAAACGAUUUGGACCAGGUUUACAAUCAGCACGAUGACACUGUGCUGAAAUUGGACAAAUUACCGUACAAUUACCCUGGGAGCUUUCAAAGAUCCCCCGGAAAUAGAGAGCCCAACCCUCCUCGAAUAGUUAGGAGUGGAAGCGAUGGGGCCUACAGAAAAGAAAAAUUAUUUAGCAGCCCUUUCGCCGCAAGAACAGAACAUUGGCAGAAGCCAGAACAGGAUGUGGCACCCAUUGAAAAUGACCUUAAAAUUGCCCGCAUAAACGCAUCUCUCCAGUCGAUAUCAUCUUCUUACGAUACGAAUAAACUAAAGACGUUGGUUGAGUCAAUUGAAGAGAAGAACAAAUUUCUAACUGAGUUGAAUGAACUAGUUGAGUUGAGCAAGAAUGACAGUGAACAAGUUCCAUCGCUAGCCAAGUACAACCAGCUUUUGAACGACUACACUGAAGAAUUGGAAAAGUGUAACAAGUUCUACGAAGCCUACUACAAGCUAGCGUUCAAAUAUGGUGAACUCAAGGAAAUAAUUAGCGGAAGGUCUUCCACCAAUCUUACCGAGAAUGAGUAUCGGGCUAUACUUGACGACAUUUCCUCGCUAAAAUUGGCCGCUCGAAACGAUCGCGCUAGCGAAAACUUAGAAACAUCACACAACUGGGACGCACUAACUGCUAAAUUGCAUCUGCUUAUCAAUGAGAAUAGUAAUCUACAAUCAAAAUGUGGCUACUAUGAACAUGAACUAGCGAAAUCUAAACUUAAGAUUCUUGAACUAGAAAGGGAAAGUAAAUAUAAGAAGGAAAUAAAAUAA